AUGGGGAGGUCACCUUGCUGUGAGAAAGCUCACACCAACAAAGGCGCUUGGACCAAAGAAGAAGACCAGCGCCUCAUCGAUUACAUCCGCGUCCAUGGCGAAGGCUGCUGGCGCUCCCUCCCCAAAGCCGCAGGGUUGCUUAGGUGCGGCAAGAGCUGUAGGCUGAGAUGGAUAAACUACCUUCGCCCUGACCUCAAGCGUGGAAAUUUCACAGAAGAAGAAGAUGAGCUCAUCAUCAAGCUCCAUAGCUUGCUUGGAAACAAGUGGUCGUUGAUUGCGGGGCGAUUGCCGGGAAGAACCGACAACGAAAUAAAAAACUACUGGAACACACACAUCAAGCGGAAGCUCAUCAGCCGCGGCCUCGACCCUCAAACCCACCGUCCGCUCAACGACACCACAACCGCCGCCGCGGCCGCCACGACACCUGCUUCUCGCUUAGAUUUCAGAAACAUUUCUCCGCCAUCCGCCGUCGUCGAUAAAACCACCAACAAAAAUUCCAUAUUGCAUCACAAAACCAUCAACAAAACCUCCUCGAACAACAACAACCACAACAAUAUUAUACUGUUCAAGCCCAAGAUGGAAGAGGACAACAUAGAAGAGGCCAGCAGUGGGACCACCACAGAGGAAGACCAACAACAACAACAGCAACAGCAACAGCAGAAAUUGCAAGAUCAUUAUAUGUACAAGUGUAGUGACCUCAACUUGGAUCUUUCAAUUGGGCUGGAGCCCUUCCAGUCCGAGCCAACUCGGGCUUCGUCGGGGAACUCGGCCGAGUCAAGACUGCAGCAGAAUAAUUACCAGGUUUUUGGGACAGUGCAGAAGGCGGUGGUGACUCAGGCGGUGUGUUUGUGUUGUCAGGUUGGAUUUCAGAGCAGUGAGGCUUGCAGGAAUUGUCAGUGCACAAAUGGAUUCUACAGAUUUCACAGACCUUUGAAUUCAUAG